AUGGAGAGCGAGCAGAGUAUCGUCCAAGGAGACCUAUUUAUCCGUGAUACGGAGGAACAACCGCCUGGAUAUAUCUCGUUUCCAGACCCCGGUAUGGAAAUGAAUUGCUCCGUACCAAUUGCUGUGGUAUCGGUACAACCGCCAUCCACGGAGUCCAAUGAACCCUUAACUGAAACCUCCCUGGCUGAUGAAACUGCAAAACACAGCUCAACGAGUGCUUACUCAGAUUUUCGAGCGCACGCAAAGGAGGAAUGGGAAGACGACCAAUCUAAAGAUGUUUUGCACUGCCGAGGCCACUGGGAGUCCUUACCCUUUCUUGAGUGUUUUGACGACUUAACCUCUGGAUUGCGAAAGAAUUUUAGUACCCCCAGCAGGCAGUUUGGACCUGCGAGGACCAGCAAUGAAAGAUAUUGUGAAGCAAAGGCCAGCAGCAGUUUUCUUCAACCAUCUAUUCCCAGACCACUAAUCUCACGCCGUCGCCAUGUCUCGCAGAGUGAAGCCUCGGUGGCUCUGAUGUCAUUGCAUAUUGACUUUGAGGUCGGCAGCAACAUUACAAACAACCGUUUAAGAAUUAGCAAUCCCCAGGGCAUGCGCCAAGUCUACCUCUGUGUUAUCUUUCUCAAAAUCGGCGAAAUUGACACCAUCAAAGAACAGUACGCAGCAGAUGUUUUGAUAAAAGCGAAGUGGAGGGACGCGAAUAUGGACGCUGUCGGUUCCACUGUAAGCAAAUCAACAACUUACAUAACUCUCAAUAACCGUGAGGCUAGCGAAUAUGACUGGCUGCACAACUGGACUCCGAAGCUGUACAUUGAGAACACUAUAGGCGAAACAAGGGAACAACUCCACCAGAUGAUAGCCUUAAAUGAAUUCGGACACGCAUUUCUCGUAGAAAAACGCAGGGUUUCAGGAGUAUUCCUGGAGAACCUAGAACUAAACCACUUUCCCUUUGACGUUCAAGACUUGACCAUCACUGUGGCUUCCAACUUACCAUCGUCAGAAAUUCGACUCCUCAACGAUCCAGACGAGCCACACAGAAUAAACAAGCAGUCUUUCGUUGGUAGGUUAGCCGAAUCUUAA